AUGUACCCCUCUGCUUCGCUGUGCUGGUUCGAUCCAAGAUCGUUGCUUCCUUCCCAGCAUGGAAGAGUACAUGGUGAACAGUGCCAGGAAGAAGCGGGAAAGGUGACCAUUUUGGGGCAAUAUGUUACUCGAAGUGAACCAUGGACCCACCGAUACCAUGUGUCCUGUCCCAAGCAAUAUACCGGUAGAGUACGCAUCAUCUCCAAUUCCCUCACAAAUGGCGUUCAUGCCGGCGUUCUUAACAUACGCAUAUACAUUAAACACUAUAAACUAGAGCGGAUAGCGUCCGAAAACAAAACGAGAGCACUCGAGGACAAUGAGAUUGAAUCCCGAGUCCAAGGUGCACCCGUUGCGUAUUACCGGCAUGUUGCCUGCGAUGUUCUGGGGUCAUCUGCAUGGCAGAGCGCUCUAGGUACUUCCUGCACGGCCAAACAGGAGCUGUGGCUUCGGCUGGCUCAUCCCACUUUACAUGAACACAACCAUCUACGUACUCUGCUCUACUAUAAAUCUAGAGUACAUAUAGCACGUCGGGAACGUAAAUCCUCACGGUUGUAUCCAUCCAAAAGCUACUCAAGAGUAGAAUUAGCCGUCUCCCGCAGUUAUGAGGGCAAACGAGUUUAG